AUGUCAUCCAACUGGAGCGACAAUGAAAUUAAAGCGCUUCUCCUUAUCCGGGCGGAUGAAGAGAUUUGUCGUCAUCUCAGAGGAACAGUUAGUGAUGCAGUUACAUAUGAUAAAAUAACUAACCGUCUUCGAGAGCAAGGCAUUCACAGGACAAAAAGUCAGGUCAUUAGUAAAUUGAAAACAUUGCGCCUUAAAUUUCUGAAAAUAAACGACCAUCACAAACAAAGUGGUAGUGGUAGAAUUUCUUGGGUCUAUUAUGACUUUUGUCAGUCCAUUUGGGGAUCCAGCCACUCCACAAAUCCUGUAGCCUUAACCGGUAGCUUGAAUUCAGAAGAACCCCAAACUAACGUCACUGAGGACGCAUGUGACGGAAACACGUCGAGUCACUCGGCCGAUACUGAAGCACCAACUUGUAAUGCAGAGCAGGCGGAUUGUGUUACAGGUUUCACUCAGCCACCAAGGAAGAAGUCGAAAAAAAACAAAGAUCACAUGAUUGACUCCAUAGCUACAGUUCUACAAACUAUGGAAACAACAUUCAGAGAGCAAGAAGCACUCCGUGUCCAGGAGCAAAGGGAGUAUGAAGAAAGGUUGCGCGAAGAGCAGAAGGAGGAAAGGGCAAGCAUGAUGGUGAUGUGGAAGGAGAUGAUGGAGUUUCAAGGAAACCUCCUAAAGGACAUUAUGGUGCGCCCACCCCUGACAACAUCUCUUCCUCUGAAUCCACAUUACCAACAACAUAAUCAUCACAGCCAACGCUUCUCUUUUCCAAGCCCUAGCACUAGCUACAUGGCACCAUACCACCCACCAGAACAAGAUGCUGAGGCCUCACUCCAUCCUCAAUUCAAGUCUUCAUUCUUAGAAGAUUUGCAAGACUAG